UUCAAACGUCAAACUUGAUAUUAACGUUUUUCAAUAUCGUGUCAAAUCUUGUAUCGAUGGCUGAAAAGAAUCCCCUAGAAGACUACGACGACCCGGAAGAACCUUUGGUUACCUCCGCUGACCCUAACGAGCGAAAAUUAGCACGAAGACUUCGCAUUCAGCGAAGAUUAGAGGCUCUCAAGAGGCAAGAUGGGGAGGAAGAGGAAGUUGUUGUUGAUAAAUCAUCGUCUGAGAAGCAAAUCGACGCCAGUGCUGAUCUGCUAGAGAAAUUAAUAUUAGAAGGUGAAGAGGCUAUAUUGAAUGUAAAAAUCGCAAAUGAUGCUAGAGAAGUGCAUAGGAGAAAUGAAGAAAGUCAGAUCCGAAAAACAUUAUUAUGCCAGCUGGAAGAAGAGGCGAAGCAAAGUAUGGAGAAAUAUUAUAUUAUAAAUGAAAAAUGGACAAGCAUUUUAGCCUCAAAGGAUCCUCUUGACAUUCACUGCGAAAUGAACACGCAAAAUGUCAAAUGCCUUGAAAUUCUUGCGGAAAAAGAGCGAUUGAUUGCUAAGCUGAAACAAGAGUUAGAAGAGACCAAUUUAAAGUUUACCACAGAUCAGCAAAAGCAAAAUGAUGAUAUUAAUCUAUUAAUGGAGCGAAUCGAUAAUCAAAUUAAUACAAUAUCGAAGGCUUAUCGACGUGAGCUGGUCCUUAUUGAUAAAGCUAUUGAAUCAGAACGUAAGCUGCUGUUAGCUACUAACUCAAAGAAAUGGGAACAAUUAUACAAACAACGUAAUCAGGAUGAAAUAAAUGGGGUUGAAACUAGGAAACAAAUAAUGCGUGACUAUGAUGUCGAGAUGAAAAAAGUUAUAAUUGAACAUCAGGAAGAGUAUAGAGCUCAGAAAAUUUGGUUUGAAACUGAGUACCAAAAGUUACAACAAGAACUUCAACAAAUGAAAUCCAUGUGUCUAAUGAACAUUGAAAAGUUAGAUUAUAGUUACUCUGUACUAAAACGCAGAGAAGAUGAAAAUACCAUAAUUAAGAAUCAACAAAAGCGAAGAAUAAAUAAACUGCAAGACAUAGUUAAUGGGUUGAAGAAAACUUAUGUAGAGUUGGAGGAAAACAGUACACUUGAAAUACAAAGACUUACGGAACAAGUAAUUAAGACUCAUAAAAGUAUUCUAGAAUUGGAGCAGAAGUCCAAUCAUUUUACAGCAAUUAAUGAAAAACAAUAUCUACAAAUUUGGGAUAUGAAUGCAAAUAUUGUUGGUGAACUCGCUAACAAAAUUCUGACAGUGGAUCGUAUUAUCUAUGAAAAUACAUUGGGAUUAGAAUGGGAACCUCCUGAAAAACCGUUGUUGCUUAAGGAAGACUUGCCUUCGUAUUGUGGAGUUAUCCGUCAAAUUAAUCAAAAAAAAGCAGAGGCGAAAGAACGACUGACAAUUUCUGAUCCAUACAUAGCUGCUACUUCAUUGCCUGAAAUAAAUGCAGAGAGACGGCUAUUACACAAAAUUUUGAGUCAGAUAUCAGAUCAUACCGGAUUUUUAAUUGAAGACCGGCUUCGAGAACUACUUACUCCAUACACAGUUGAUGACAAAAAUAUCAUUCGGCUUGAUAGUGUGUUUCAAGCAUUAUCAAUCAAAUCUGAGGCCGACAUAAACAUGAUGAUGAAUUUCUUUUUACCUUAUACGUACUGCGCUACAUGUACAACUGUUCCAUUGAUCGACAAAGAAUCUAGUGAAACAUCGAUAGCAAGGAAGUUGUGUGACAGUGAUCACUAUGCCAAAACGUGUGAGGAAGAUGAAGAAAUGACUAAUAUACCACAUCAAGAGACAGACACGUCCUCUAGAUUUGAAUCAUCGGUUAGCAGAGAUUUGAAUGUCAAGCGGAGUUGUUAUUGCAUUGUACCUACAAACGCAGACUCUGAAAAUGAAGUUGAUGUUAUUCAAAAGAGAGCUGUGGUUUGUGAAAAGAGUCAUCCUCUUAUGACUCAAUCUGAUUUUGUGUUACGUGCAUUACGAGAAUUUUUGAGUAAAUUUCAUAAUGCUAAACGUGGUGAAGUCCCUCUAACGUUUAAACAAAAGUUAAGUCAUCAAGAUCUGACUGUGUCACGCAAUUUGUCAGUCGAAGAUGUGACAGAGUUUUGGAGACGUUACAGAGAUAUUUUUCCUACGAAGAAGGAAAAACUCUGGGAUGGGCUCCUGAUAGGAUUACACAAGUAUCAUGAAGUACUCAAAGAACGCCAUAAGCUGAAUACUGAAACUAACACGCUACGUAGACAAAAUUCUGAACUGCGUAGACUGCUGGAGACUUACAUGCACAAGCCGGAAAAUGGUUUUAGCUUACCACCACUUGAACUGGGAUCAAAUAGCAGUAUUGAGUAAAUGAAUUUGGUAAUUAAUUGUCAGAUAUCUAGUAAAUAUAUUUACUUUUGGAGUAACAAAUUUUCUUAAAUUAAGCUUAAAUAACUUGGAAAGUUAUGUUUAUAGAAUACCACAAUCAUACCUAAUAUCAUGAAUUUUCUAUCCGCCUAAAUUGAAAUUAAUUGGUCGCAUAAAAUUUGGUACAUUAAAAUGU